CGGGACAGUGUUAGAUAGAACACCAAUAGAAACAUUUUAGUACGACACGUAAAGCUGUCCGGUGGAAAAAGUGGAUCUGUCAUGGAAGGUAGACCGACGAGAGGCAGAGGAGGAGGUUGGAAAAGAGGUGGCCGUGGCAGAAACGACGGCGACAAUUUUGGCGGCGAAUACAGAGGCAGAGGCAGAGGAGGCCACCACCGCGGCCGCGGUACAAAAGAUCGCCACCGCGGUCGCGGACGUGGCGGAAAUGCACAAGCAACGGAAUUCCAACACCGGAAUGAGGUUGAAGAGGAUGACUUUGAUGAAGAGGGUCACAGUACAGUUUUCUCAAGGAGGAAACUGCAGUCCAACUGGGAUCGCUAUGAGGAUUCCGAGAAGCAGGAAACCCCAGACAACAUGCCAACUAUACGAGGAACUGACUAUCAUGUGCUGUUGGGCUCUGCAGGGGACUGUGUCACUCAGUUUCGCUUUUCUGAAGAAAAAGACUGGGAGAAGGACACAUUUUCAUCUGGUCAGAUGUCUACCAUGUUUUUGGACCUCCCAGCAUUGGCCCAGAGACUUGAACAAGUGCCUCUUCAUCAGAGGCUCAACCUGGAAGCUGAGUUAGUACAGGUUUCAACACCAGUCCACCUCCCCACAAUGACUUUGGCCCCCCAACAGGAGAUGCCCAAGAUCUCCUCAUUCAGACCUGCAUCCCAAGCUUCAAAAGACCCUAGCAGCACUCUUAAUAUCACCAAGACUUUAAGCUUAGCUGCCAGUGCUGACAUUCCGGCUCCCUCGAGUGCCGUUCCACCCUCGGUGGACGACGUGGAUGAAGAGCUGGACCAGCUGCUCACUUUAGCGAAACCGCUGUGUCCCGUCUCGGGAGGCCAGCCUGUCAACGUUGAGAGCUCUGGUGUGCUCAAAGAGUUUGACACAGCGACCGAGGCGCCAAUCGAAGAGAAGAUGGAGGAGCCCAAAGACGAGCAAAUUGCACCUCCCGUGUCCAAUUCAGUCAAGCAGGAAAUGACUGAGGAGGACCUGGAGGACUGGUUGGACAGCAUGAUCUCGUGACCGCCACAGAGAGGUGGAUCAUAGCAAAGGCAUGAGCUCCAAGCAAAAAUCUGGACUGAAGUUUGCCGUGCCGAUUUUCGAAGCUGCAAUGCCCAAAUGUCCGGACGUUGCAUCCAUCGAGAGCUAAGAUUGAGUGCACUUAAAAGUCUGUAAAUAGUGUGCGCACACACAAUUAAAUGAUCAUUAAUUAAAAAGUUAACAAAUGUGCAGGCUUAUGUAGGCCAAGGAACCAUAUUUAGUUACUUACGCACCCAGCCAAUCAAAAAAGAGAACUAGUGGCAUUAUAAAUGCGCAAUAUAAUAGAAUUGCUGGAACGACAAUGAUGAUAACUAUUUUGAAAUUAAAGGGGACAGAAGACAAUUGGUUGCCCUGUUGUUUUAGAGUCAAAAGACUGGCAGUGUUGGCACAUGCAGGAUCUUCCAUUAAUUGUUAAAAGUAUAAUUUGGCGGCUUGGUGAUUGUGUUCCCCUCCGUGAGUGAAAAUAUAAAUUAUGUUUUCACUUCUUCCUCAUGGGGGCUUGCUUUUGAGUACAUAGAGUGGGGCUGCUUGCAAACAAGUAGCCAAUUGCCUUGUCGCAGUACCCCACCUUGCCCCGGUUGUCAUGGUAACGAAG